AUGCCGUCGGAAAAGGAGCUGCAGAUCUCCCCGAUUGUGCAGGAGUCUGCCCUCGCCAACCUCCAGUCUCUGACAGCAUCCCUCUUCGGUGUCGCGGCCGGCAUUCUCGGCCUCGAGUCUUACGCCGGCUUCCUCUUCUACAUCGGCUUCACCCUGCUGACGGCCGUCCUCUUCUACGCCAUUCGCGUCGCCCCGGCCUCCCUGUCCGCGGGGAAGCCUGUCUUCGACACCAGUCUUUACUUUCGUGGGCAGCUGGAGCUAUGGACUAGCGGGCUAUCCGGGGGACUGGCUGGGUUCGUUCUGACAUGGACACUGUUCUACGGGUUGGUCAGGGCCUAG